AUGAGUCCCAACGGUGGGGAAGGGGGGGGGGACGAGGGCCGAAGGCCCGAAGUGCGCCAAAUUGUAAAAAUGAGUCCCAACGGGGGGGCGAGGGCCGAAGGCCCGAAGUGCGCCAAAUUGUAAAAAUGAGUCCCAACGGUGGGGAAGGGGGGGGGGACGAGGGCCGAAGGCCCGAAGUGCGCCAAAUUGUA